AUGAGUGCGCUGUACGAGUCGAACUGGGAUCUCUGGCAGCAGUGGAUGGGAAACAUCUCCACCAAGAUUCCCUAUAUGGUUCUGCCCGGUAACCAUGGAGCGGCAUACGCCAGGUUCGACGGUCCGGGUAAUAUCCUGACUGCGUAUUUGAACAACAAUGUUACCAAUGGAACGGCGCCAAAGGACGGCUUGACUUACUACAGCUAUCCCCCAAACUUGACCACAUACCAACACCGCUUCCGCAUGCCAGGUACUGAAACCGGCGGCGUAGGCAACUUCUGGUACUCUUUCGACUACAGCCUGGGCGACUUCAUCUCUAUGGACGGCGAGACAGACUACCCUAAUAGCCCUGAAUGGCCCUUUACUGAAGACAUUAAGGGAGACGAGAAGCUCUCUACCGCCAGUAAGACUUUCAUCACGGAUAGUGGACCAUUCGGUGCUGUGAAUGGCAGCUACAAGGCCAAGGAAUCCUACGGGUAG